GGCCGCCCUCGCCCGCGGCAGUCCCCCCGAGCAGCGGCCCGGCACCGGCGCCUUCCCGGCGGGCAAGGCUGAAUCAUGGAGCUGCGUGUGGGGAAUAAGUACCGCCUGGGCCGCAAGAUCGGCAGCGGGUCCUUUGGAGACAUCUACCUGGGUGCCAACAUCGCCUCUGGCGAAGAGGUGGCAAUCAAGCUCGAGUGUGUGAAGACGAAACACCCACAGCUCCACAUCGAGAGCAAGUUCUACAAGAUGAUGCAGGGGGGAGUGGGGAUCCCAUCCAUCAAGUGGUGUGGGGCCGAGGGCGACUAUAAUGUGAUGGUCAUGGAGCUGCUGGGGCCUAGCCUCGAGGACCUCUUCAACUUUUGCUCCCGCAAGUUCAGCCUCAAGACCGUGCUGCUGCUGGCCGACCAGAUGAUCAGCCGCAUCGAGUAUAUCCACUCCAAGAACUUCAUCCACCGGGACGUGAAGCCCGACAACUUCCUCAUGGGCCUGGGAAAGAAAGGCAACCUGGUCUACAUCAUAGACUUUGGCCUGGCCAAGAAGUACCGCGAUGCCCGCACCCACCAGCACAUCCCCUACCGGGAAAACAAGAACCUAACUGGCACUGCCCGCUAUGCUUCCAUCAACACCCACUUGGGCAUUGAGCAAAGCCGUCGGGAUGACCUGGAGAGUCUGGGCUAUGUGCUCAUGUACUUCAAUCUGGGCUCCCUGCCCUGGCAGGGCCUCAAGGCCGCUACCAAACGUCAGAAGUACGAGCGGAUCAGUGAGAAGAAGAUGUCGACGCCCAUCGAGGUCCUCUGCAAAGGCUACCCCUCUGAGUUCUCAACAUACCUCAACUUCUGCCGCUCCUUGCGGUUCGACGACAAGCCUGACUACUCCUACCUGCGCCAGCUCUUCCGCAACCUCUUCCACCGGCAGGGCUUCUCCUACGACUACGUCUUUGACUGGAACAUGCUCAAAUUCGGGGCUUCCACGAGCCAGGCUCAGCCCCGAGACAAAGAAGCUAUUGCACAGCCCUGCCCCUGCCCCUGGCCCCGCGCCGGGCCCACGUGCCCAGCCACGUACUGGUGCCCGGCGCCCCUGGGCACCCAAGGACCCCCAGAUAGGCCCAUGGAGGAGGUGGAGGAGGUUGAGCAUCUGCCCCCGCCAAACUACUGGCCUGUGGUGUGGACUUCGGGGCCCCGGUUCUGACCUCAGCUGACGUGCCUGCGGAAGCAAGCAUGUUUUAGGAUCGUGGGGGUGGCACCCUGUUUCUGAGAGAUGCCUCUACAGUGGAGAGGGUGUGGCAGGAAAGGCCCUGCAUGGGAUUCUCAAGAAUGAACCAGCUGCCUGAGGCCAGGUCAAGGCUGAGGAAGGGAUUGUGGCCCUGCCGAAAAAGGGCCUGAUGGACACAGAGAUCAAGACCCAGCUCUGGCCAGGCUCCAUCCGGGGCCUCUGUAUGGAACCUGAACUCAUUAAAGGCUCCCUGCGCCACUUCCUGGUGUGCCUCUCUUUUCACAGAGUGGCCUUGGGCUGCUCUGCUCCCUGGGUCUGUCAGCAACCCCAUGCUGUUCUCUAAGAGGACAACCUGUCAGGCAGAUGUUGACAGGCCAGGGACCUUGAGGGCAGGGCUGUGUGGCUCUCCUCUCUGUGAAUAGGAGUGGGGAGAUGGGCAGUGGUUUGCCAUCUAGCUUGGAACGUGUUCAGGGGCCUGGACAUGGAAGCCAGCUCUUCUCACUACAGGGAGUUCCAGGCCUUGAAUACAGUACUUACUACAGAAGGUUCUCCCGGAGUCUGGUUUUGGGAUGGGAUGGGCUGGGCCUUUCUGCUCAGUGAAGCUCCAAGAAUGGAUUUUUGUAUUCUCUAGACUUCAGUAGCCACUAGCCAUGGGGACUCACUUUUCAAAAAUAAAAGGGGGGGUUUGUUUGUUUUUCGAGGUAGAGUCUCGCACCCAGGCUGACCUAGAAUUCACUAUGUAGUCUCAGGGUGGCCUUGAACUCACAGCAAUCUUCCUACCUCUGUCUCCCGAGUGCUGGGAUUAAAGGCAUGAGCCACCACACCCGGCUGGGACUAACUCUUAAUUAACUAAAAUUAGUCAAAAUUGAAAUUGUACUUUCUUAGUCCCAGUUGUCAAAUUUAAGUUAGCAGAAGCCACAAGUGGUUCUCUCAUCCAGCAUGGCAAAUGUGAACAUUUGUCAUCCAGAAAGUUCUGCGGACAGCUGUUCUUUACGCCUCCUUCACAAUGGCCCUUGUGGGACUGACAAGCCAGCAAGAGCUCGAGUUAGGCUGGGUGUGCCCUCCCCACCCCACCCCAUCGCUGGCGCUUGGACCCUCCCCCCCGGGGUUCUCUGUGAGGCACACUCUGUAGUCCAAAGCUGGACAGAGGCCCCAGCAUCACCCUCAUGGUGAAUUUGGCCACCUCCAGUGGCAGGAGUGUCUGCAGGACACACAGUGGGGACAUCCACGGGUGUCACCCCAAGGCUAGGCCCUCCUGGAACAUGCCAAGCAAGAAGCCAUCACCAGAACUUCUGACAGGCGGGACUCCAUUCUGGGCUUCACGAGCUGUGGAUGGUCUGGAAGGAUCUCGCCCUUCUUGAAGUGGUUUCCCCGGGUUUGUCCCCAGAUAUCUGGGACCUGGGAUGCCACUUUUGAGCGUGCACAGCUGCUGUGUCCUGAGGUCCGAACAGCUGGCCAGGAGGAAGCUCCUCCCAGCCAAGGACAGAACUCCGUGUCGCGGGGCUGGGCACUCGGAGUGGGUUUCAUGUACAACUUUGCGUUUGCUUAAUGGGCAAAUAAAGGCCAUAGAAACUU